AUGGCGACCAAAUUCAAUUGGUCCGCUACCAACAAAUUCAUACACCGCCUCCGCCACUCCUGCUCCUCGUCCCUCACCCACCUCGCCGGCUUCGGCCGGUCGUCCAUGUACCCGAUGACCUGCUUCUACCGGUUCCUCGCCGUCCGAGUCAACUCGCUCUUCACCCACCUCUGCUACUUCCUCUCCCUCUCCUUCGUCGGCUACUGCUUCCUCAAGUCCCUCGACACCCGCCGGGGAGCCGAGGUCCCGAGGAGCAUCGACUUCUUCUUCACCGCCGUCUCCACCGCCACCGAUUCGAGCAUGUCCACCGUCGAAAUGGAGGUCUUCUCCGACUCCCAGCUCCUCUUCAUGACCUUCCUCAUGUUCGUCGGCGGAGAGGUCUUCGUCUCCCUAGUCGGCCUCGUGGUCAAGACCUCCCGAAUGAAAAAGUCGUGGAUGACACAAAACGACGAUAGGGUCAUCCCCACCACCAUCACCAGGAUGUCAGAACGUGGUGGUGGGGAUGACCCUACUUCCACUCCACGUGGGGGUGAUCUCGAAUUGAGUGUGGUCCCGUCAGACCACCACUCAAUUGGAAAGGAGGAGGACGAUGAUGACGAUGAGAUUUCGUCCUCGAUGUCUCUCGAUGACGGGGGAAGGAUUUUCGAGUACAAGUCGGUUCAAUUUUUAUGCUACGUCGUUUUGAGCUACCUCGUGGCGAUUCACAUUUUGGGGGUUUCUGUACUUUCUAUGUAUCUCGCGCUGUCUUCCAGCGCGAGGGACGUCCUGAGGGAGAAAGGGCUGAAGAGCUUCACUUUCUCCCUCUUCACCACGGUCUCCACAUUCGCGAGCUGUGGGUUCCUCCCGACGAACGAGAACAUGAUCGUGUUCAGGAAGAACGCGAUCAUGCAGCUGAUUCUCAUCCCUCAGGUUCUGUUCGGGAACACCCUGUUCCCGCCCUGCCUCCGCCUCUGCGUCUGGGCCGCGGGGAAGCUGCGGAAGAGAAAUUCGGAUCGCUCCGAGCACCUGCUCAGGAACACGAGGCGGGUCGGGUUCUACCACCUCCUGCCGGGGAGGGAGUCGGCGUACCUGGCUGCCACGGUGGCCGGAUUCGUGGCGGUACAGCUGGCUCUGUUCUGCGGGACGGACUGGCGGUCGGAGGGUCUUGAGGGGAUGAAUCCGGCGGAGAAAUUGACCGGGGCGCUGUUUCUGACGGUGAAUUCUAGACAUUCCGGUGAGUCCAUCGUCGAUCUGGCCACCGUUUCGACGGCGUCGCUGGUGGUGUUCGUCGUGAUGAUGUACCUUCCACCGUACACGUCGUUCCUUCCAACCACGGGAGGCGAAGAAGAGAAAGAUCGGACCAAAAUUCAAAUGACUGGGGACAGUUAUAAUGAUAACACUACAGGUCAAAUAGUAAUAAGCUAUAAACAUAAGAACAAUAGUAAUAGGUUUAUGGAGAAUGUGGUAGUUUCACAACUCUCAUUUCUAGCCAUUUUCGUCGUUCUGAUAUGCAUCACCGAGCGACAUAGUAUGAAGGAGGAUCCCCUCAAUUUCAGCAUUUUCAACAUUGUCCUCGAAGUCAUCAGUGCGUAUGGGAAUGUGGGAUUUUCGAUGGGUUACAGUUGCCAAAGGCGGAUAAAUCCUUCCGGCGGCGGUGGGGAUUGCCGGGACAAGUUCACCGGCUUGUCGGGGAGGUGGAGCGAUGAAGGCAAGGUCGUUCUCAUUCUGGUGAUGUUGUUUGGAAGGCUGAAGAAGUUCAACAUGGCCGGAGGGAAAGCCUGGAAACUUCUGUGA